AAAAAUGGGACAUGGAGAAAGAAAUUGUUCAGAGUGAAUUUCAACACUUACAAACAGAAGGGAAUAUUAACUAUAUAUGCAUAUCAAACACAAUACCUAGAGCCACCAUAGUUUCUCAUUGCAAGGAAAUCGACUUUCAGAAUACUUAGGAGAAAGGAGAAGCCAUGAACCGCACUACUAGAAGGAUGCUGGGAAACUCCAAUACUACUGAACAAGACUUUUAUCCUUCUUCUUCUGAUACACUGAGGGCAAUAGACGAGGCCAUCAGAUUAAACGGCCUCCGCUUAACAAGUUUACCAGCACAACCUCGUACACCACAUCAAAUUCUUGUAUUAGAUGAUGAUAUUGCGAGAGGGUUGAGCCUCAGGUCGAGACAGCUUGUCUCAGAAUCCUAUCCAAGCCUUGCUGGCCAAAGAACUAGACAGGUUCCUACACAUCAAGAGCAGUCCAGAUUUACUCACAAUGAGCAGAACAAGGCCUUCAAGAAGCUAAGGAAAGAAUUUUAUAUUCCUAAGCCAAAGAGGAUUGUAAUGAGAUUGUACUACAGAGAAAAUCCCAAAAAUUAUAUCAAUGAGCAGAAUGAAGGUCGUGAGAGGUGUGCCAUUUGCUUGGAAGAUUUCGAGAUAGAGGAGGUGCUUGUCACCCCAUGCAACCAUAUUUUCCAUGAGGAAUGCAUUAUUCCCUGGGUGAAGAGCCAUGAUCAGUGCCCAGUCUGCCGGUUUGCCGGUUUGCAAUAGGUGAUGGAAGGUGAAACAGAGGUGUUUUUUUAAAACAAUUAGAGGUCACAAUUCCCCUGUUUUUCCUUUAUGGAUUGAUCUUAUUCAAUCCAACAAACGAACAUGCAAAUCACAAGCAACAAUGGAUGUACCAACAUUCUCCCAAACAAGUUAUUCAAUGCAAGUCAUAUGCAAAUGAGACAACACUCCUUAAACAUGAUAU